UGCUUUACAAGUAAACAACUUCAAAUCCUACCAAGCGAAUAUAUAAGGUCUGGCAUUUGAAGAGGUGGCAGAGUAGGCACGAUGGUGGCCACCGUUGAAGAUGAGUACAAGAAAAACAAGGAGUUGCGCGCGGACGACAUGAAAGCCCUCCAGGAAUGGGUUCGGAAGCAACCGCAUCUCCCACACGUUUCGGAUUUUCAGCUGGCGCUCUUUUUGCACAGCUGCCACUUUAGCAUGGAGCAGGCCAAGGUCACGAUCGAGAAGUUCUUCACUUACAGAGGCGCGUGGGGUGAUUUCUUCGCGAACAGAGACCCGCGCGAUCCCAAACUACAGAACGACAUGAAAGUUUCGCUUUGUUCCUUUUUGCCUGAGAGAACUCCGGAAAAUUACAAACUGUUGUACUUCAAGCUGGUGGACGUAGAUGUUAACAAGUACGCAGUAUCGGAUUGUGUAAAGCUCUUCGAUAUGGCGAUCUCAUUGGAGUUUAUGGAAAGAGGUUCGUUUGAUGGUUUAGUUAUAGUCGUCGAUUUGAAGGCUUUUACGGUUGGACACGUUUUGAAAACGCACAUCACGACGAUGAAGAGGAUUUUACUGUAUGUGCAGGAAGCCAUACCAAUUAGGCUAAAAGGUCUCCAUUACAUAACAUUAGCGUCCGUUUGCGACCUACUGGUCCCGCUCGUAAAGCCCUUCAUGAAGAAGGAGCUCGCCCAUUUGUUGCACUUCCACGACUCUUACGAAACGUUAUCCAAAUUCGUACCCCACGAGCUGCUACCGGAAGACUACGGAGGCAAAGCCCCUUCCGUCAAGGAGUUGCACGCGAAGAUGCAGGAAUCCUUCACCGAGAAUGCGGAUUUCUUUUUGGAUGAGGAAAUGCUGGUCUCAAAUGAGAAGCUCCGCGAUCGGAAGCAAUCGUAUAUGGAUCGAGAUUUGGGAAUCGGAACGGAUGGGUCCUUCAAGAAGCUCGACUUUGACUAGGCUAAAUUUGUUGUUGUUAAUGGAUCUUGUGAUCCAACGCGAUCAGUUUUAAAUAAAUUCUCUUCUCAUUAAU